AAGACGUGGCUGUUGCUGCAGUGGCAGCUGUCAUCCAAAUUCUUAUUAGUGUAGCAGCUGUGUAGCCACCAUCAUCUCUUUUUCUUUUCUUCUGUUAUUUUUACUCUUUCAAUCAACGCGAAGAUGAUUUCUCUAACAGAUUCCCAAAAGAUUGGAAUGGGGUUGACAGGCUUCGGCGUGUUCUUCCUGUUCUUUGGGAUGAUCCUGUUCUUUGACAAAGCUCUCCUGGCCAUUGGAAAUAUUCUGUUUGUUGCUGGUCUGGCCUUUGUCAUUGGGCUGGAGAGGACGUUCCGUUUCUUCUUCCAAAAGCACAAAAUGAAGGCGACCAGUUUCUUCCUGGGAGGGGUGUUUGUGGUUCUGAUUGGCUGGCCCAUCAUUGGAGUCGUGCUGGAGAUCUAUGGCUUCUUCCUCUUGUUCAGGGGUUUCUUCCCCGUCGUGGUCGGCUUCAUCAGGCGAAUACCUGUCCUCGGCUCCAUCCUAAACCUGCCUUUCAUCAGCGCCCCUUCGUAAGGCUCUGAGGACAAUCAGCAGUCGUGUAUGUGGACAAAGUGGGGGAGAACAACACCAUGGUAUAACACAGACUUUCAUGCCCAGAGAAAACUGUUGGAGAUUUUAUGUCCAGCAGCAGGUUUCAUGUCCCACGGGACUGAUUAUGGUUAUUCAUUUAACCCCCCCACCCCCCACCCCCCCAUCGGCAGCCAGGGACUGCUUUCUGCCUUUCUGUAGUUUCACUGGUCAGCGCAACCACUCUAAGGGACAUCAGAGUCCGACCACCGGUCUGUUACUAAAGGAUGGACUUCCAAAGGUUACUACAAUAAAUAUUUCCAAUACUAUUGAUGCGUCAGCGUUGAGUGCAUGUGUCGUGGACAUGGAGGAGGGAAGACCCCCUGAAAGCACCACAAAGUCUGUCUACGUGGCUUUGUUACUGGGUGAAACGCAGACAGAACUGUCCGUCAUCCACGUGGACAGCAGGUGGACAGAGCACCGUCUCUUUGCCUGUGCUUUAACUGUAUUUGGACUAAAGUUUUUAAGGCUCUUUGCACCUGUUGUUUCUUUGUUUCUGUUUGUCUCUCGGUGUAAUGUCAUGUAUAAAAACCCUUUGUUACACGUCACUUCUGCUCCAGAUGCCUGAGAACUUCAUAUAAAUGUGUUUUUUAAAUGGUGUCCUUAGUUUGUAAUGUGUUUCAGGAUCUUAAAAGAAUUCACUCUGAUGUUUUACCACGUUGACUGAUAAAUGAACGUGUUUUACUGAGGCUCGGUGUCAGCAUCGAAGGUGAAAGAAGAUACUGAACACAAACUGGAUUUGGAUCCAAGACUGUGUCAAAUAUUAUUACAGUUGAUUGAAGAAAUGUAUUCUUUUCAAUUUAAAACAAAUGACUUUUUCCGUUUUGUUUUUUUUGUUUUUUUUCUUUUUACAGUUUUGACGUUUUCAAAGCCAUGGUCCAGUUCUGCUGAACACUAAAACAGCCCUCCCUGUUUCUGGAGCCUUGUUUCCUUUUAUUAUUAAGAUGCCUUAUUCAUUCAUUAGAGGGUAGAAGUGUAGAACACUCCUUUUGUUGCAUAUUUGAAACUUGCUGCUUUUUUGCUUAAAGAGUUUUAAGUUUAGGUUACGCCUGACUUUGUUACUCACAGUCACUGGUUUCAUUUAGUUGUAUCUGAUAAAUGUACCUUUCAGAGACAUUCGUCUGGCCACUGGUAACCAGUCCAGUGUAAAGACAUGGCUCAUAUUAGUACUGAUGAAGCUGUCUGUGUAAGUUCUCUUUUGCCCAGGUCAUCGUUCUUCUUGGAGGUUCUUCUAGGUCCAACUUAACUUGUUUAGCUCAAAAGAGCCAGUACCAAGAAGUACUGAUGAAGCUGUUUUAUUGUUGUGUAGUCGGUGGAUGGUGAACUCCACUGGUAUCUGGAUGAGAACCAGCCUUCACACUGGUCCUGGUUCUAGAUGGUUUGGUCAGACGGUUCCUAUUUAGUUCCUAUUUACACGGUAUUUAUUUGGGUUUUGUUCAUAUUUCACAGGAUUUAAGUGUUAAAUGUGAAAUCAGGGAACAAAUGUUGAAAGGUUUAAAAACUCUUAUUUCUGCAACCAAAACAAAAGACUAAAUAUAAAUUCAGAUGAACUGAUGUGGUUUCAUUCUGCUUUAGAUGGAGUCAUCUGUCUAUCAUAUAUUUAACCUCUACUCGUCUGCAGAGACCCCAACGCUGACCAAACUCAUUAUGUGGUUGAUUUUCUACAGCCUGAGUCCAGACAACGUACAGUUCCUGUUUACUGUCACAGCACUUGGAUUACAGGACACUUGAACUGUUAUUAUCUAUGGUUUAUCCAGUGAUGGUAACACUAUGAAGCUCUGCAGCGUAAAUAAAAUAAGGUUGUUACAGGCUUUUUCUUUUUAUGAUGUACUAUAAGGAACAGGAACCACUGAAGGUGUGAAUCCAAUUUCAGUAUUUCACACAUGCUCUAAAAUAUUUGACAACAAUCCAAGGUUGGCUUGAACUUAGAAGUUUUUUGCCAUUUGAACAUGUAGGUAGAAAUGAAACAGAAAUUAUUAUUUAAUGCUAAAAGUCAGUAUGGUCCUUUAAUGGAAAAUUCAGAUAAGUCAUUUGUUUUGCUUUAACCUGUUUUUACAGACCUGAGAACAUUAAUUUAUGAAAUGAACUCUGCUGUCAGUGGUUGUUUUUGUCGACCACUGGUGAAAACUCCAGUUUGAUGGGAGAAUGAUGAUGUUUUGCCUGAAGCCACUUCUGUGAAUAUACAAUGAACGUUA